GUGUUCUUGAUGAAAAUACAGUGGAAGACGAUAUUGUUGAUAUUCCUCCUGAUGUUGAUGGGUUGUAUAAAGACAGGCACAUCUCCCCAGCCCUUCCAUCUGAUCAACAACUCAACCGGGAAGAGUGUUACACGAUGGAUGAACGCAAUAAGGGUCUGGUCUUCGUCUUGAACAACUACCUCUUCGGUCCCGAUCGAACGAGGGAAAGAAAAGGGUCUGAUGUUGACUUAGCCAAUGUAAAACAUGUCUUCACCGAGAUUGGCUAUACGGCAGACGAAGCUCAAAAUCUCACUGCUGAGGGGAUCAGACAGAAGCUGAAGAGCCUAACCCAGAAGAUCUUAUCCUCUCAUACUUCGGUGGUUCUGGUAUUCAUGAGUCACGGAAAGGAGGCAGGUAUUCAGGGUACCGACGAGGAGGUUGUGACCGUAAAGGAAAUCAAGGAUAUGUUCUCUGGGAACAACUGCCCAGCCUUGAUUGGGAAACCAAAGAUCAUGAUCUUCCAGGCUUGCCGUGGAGAAAAAAUCACGCCGAGUGCUCCAUCUAUCUCCAGCUCCGGAGUGGAUAAUGGAAUAUGUACAGACUUCGUCGGGACUGAUGGGGGAGCAGGGGAUGGAGGGGCUACCAUGGUAACAAAGGAUGAAGCAUGUUUGACAUCACCGGGUAGAGUUGGAGGAGGGGAAGUGGAAUUUGACUGCAGUGUAGCGGACAAUGCUGAUAUGUACAUUGCUCAAUCCACGUCUGAAGGCUAUUUCUCACUACGGCACCGACAGAACGGAUCUUGGUUCAUUCAGGCCCUCUGUGAAGAGCUGAUCGCCAGUGCACACGACCACCAUCUCGAUGACAUCAUGACAAAGGUAACGGACAGAGUGAAACGCCAGGAGGGAUAUAUGGUCUACCAGCAGCGACGACAGCUAUUCCUGCAGACCCCGCAGAUUAUCAAGCAAGGGAUAGGAAAGAAGAUCUUCUUCUUACCAAAAUACCCGCCGCCAGCAGGAAGUCGUUAAGAGGCAUCUUUAAAGCUAAUAUUGAGCUCUGGUAUGCAGAGGCGGCGGAGCAUUGCCCCCCCCCCACACUUUUUCAAGUUUCCCUGAAGUACUCCCUUUUACAUAGGAAAGGUGCCCCCUUUUACUUCUGAUAAGUGCCCCUUUUCAUCUUUGAAGAGUGUCCCUUCUCACCUAACAUAAGUGCCCUCUUUUAUUUUGACACGUGUCCUCUUGUCUUUACAAUAAGUGCCCUUAUUCCUUCUGAUAAAUGCCCUUUUUCCUUUUUAAUCAGAGCCACUUCCCUUUCUCAUAAAUGCCCCUUUUCACACGUUUGAUAAAUGCCUCUAUUAAAAUCUUAUAGGUGCCCAACUUCCUUUUGUAAUACGUGCCCCUUUCCAUUUUCACAAGUGCCCCUAUUAAUUUCAGGUGAUUGCCCCUUCACCUCUUAUAAUUGCCUCUUUUCAAAUCUGAGAGAUGUACCUUUUAUCCUGACAGUUUAAAGUGCCUCUUUUCAUCUCCGGUGAGUGCCCUUAUUAAAAUUUGGGAGGUGCCCCCUUUAGCUUUGUAAUAAGUGCCCCUUUUCAUCUCUGAUAAGUGCCCCUUUUAUUUUGACACAUGCCUCUAGCCUUUUUAAUCAGUGCCAUUUUCUUUCACAUAAUCACCCUUUUACUUUUCUAAUAAGUGACCUUUUUCAUCUCUCACAUUAUCAGGUGCGAGUAGUGUCCAAUUUUUCACCUCUGAUAAUUCCGAUUUUUACUUUGACACGAGCUCCUUUUCCUUUCUAAUAAAUGUCAUUUUUACUUUGGAUAUGUGUCCCCUUUUCUGUUCACCAAAAAUGUGCUCCUAAUUUAAAGUGACCAAGAGCAAAUUUUUCUUCAAUUUCACCCAAAGCUUGCUUGCUACCCACACUCACAUUUUUAAAUUAAUAUAAUUUUUUUUCUUAUUUAAGAUCUUUUCUAUCUCUCAUGAUCGGGAUUGUUUUAUUCUCUUUGUAAGAUGUUAUUUUUAGCACUGCAACUUCACAAAUCUUAGAAGUUUUGCUUGCUCGCUUAGCUCGCUCGCAAAUUAAUAUUAAGACCAUCACUCCCAACUGCAAAGUUUGAUGCUUAUAAAGCAUUGUCUUGGAACAUGCAAAGAAAGAAACAAACAAUGAAAUCACCCCUGAUAAUCUUAUCACAAUGUAGGGGUAUAAGGGCCUAUAUAUAGAUUAUAUAUUUUCGAUUUGAGGUUUCCUUUGUAGGUGCCCCAUUUUUUUUUUCUCCAGAAAGCGCCCCUUUUUUGUGUUGGUGCCCCCCCCCCCCACCUUGAAAGAUGCUUCACUGUCCCUGCUGGUAUUGGAAUCAUUUUUUACAGAAGAUUGCUAUGAUUUAUUCUGGAUUGUUUAUCCCGCAGUUUUGGUUUUUUGAACCAGUACAAAAAAAAUAUACACACAAAAACGUACUGGGCAUCAUCUUCAAUAAAAACCACAACUCCCAUUUGUACACAGUGACCUGUGUAAGCACAUGAUGUCGGGCCUACUUACCCGGAUUUCCUUAUCAUUCUAUGCUCAUUACUCAGCCACUAUACAUUUUUACCAAACAAUUUUGUCACAUGAAUUUAUUUGUAAACUUAAACAUUAAGUGUAAGUUUCGUUGGAUUCUGUGAGAAAUAAUUUUUUCAUAUUUACCAGAACUCAAGUUUUUAAUUAACUAAGUAGUGAUAAAUGCAACUUAUGCAAGGGUUGAAGCAUAUUACUCUGAAAGUUAGAUCAUUAUGUAACCAAGAGUGUAUUGUAAUAGGUUAGUGAAUUGUUCUAAGAUUGUUAUACAUAUUAACGCAUGCUCCUGUGACAAUUAUUGCUGCGCAGUAAUUUCUGAAUUAAUUGAAUUCCAUUGAUUUUUACAAAACAAUAUACAUACAUCGUUCUUUUGAAGCUUGUAAAUACGUCUAAAAACUGUUCUCCUACUGAUUUUGACGAAAAAACUAAUUUUCCUCAUUAACCAAAAUCUUAUUCUGUGUUUUGCAAAUAUAUUGUAGUACAUUGUAGUAUAAUCAUAUGUAAUUAUGCGAACAACUACCCCCUAGGACUACUACCCCCGGACAGCAAACCCCGGACAGCUACUCCCUAGGACAAAUACCCACGGACAACUACACUCAGACAACUACCCCCUACGAUAACCAUCCUCUAGGAUAACUACCCCCCCCGGAUAACUUU